CUUCUUCUCUCUGUUUAGUUGAUUCCCACUGAAACUCUGACUAAUUCCCGUUCUGGCCUUAUGAUAUCGAGGUAGUAAUGUCUCUCUCCCUCCCUGCUUCUCGGAUCUGAUUCAGUCUCGCGUCUUGUCUGAUCGUGAUCACUCGAUGGUGAUGGAUUUUAGGUUUUGGAGUCUUAAAUUUCAUUUCUUUUUAAAUGGGUUUUGUGGAUACUGUGCAAUGAGAGGAGAUUGAAUAUAAAAAAGAAGCUUUGGCAUACACUGUCUUUUGUUCUGCACUGAGGAGAGGGGAGGAUGGGUUUUAUCCCCAAAGUACUUCAAUUUUCCACUUCCUAUAACGCUGACGAUGAUCUAUAUGGGGUUCUCUGGAUUCGUGGCCUUUCUUCUUAUUCGCGUGUUCAAGGUUGUAGCUCCGGUUAAAAUGAUAUUUCAAAUGUAAGCAAGCCAUCUUACUCGAUACGCAACAUGUGUGGUACCUAUAAGCGCAUUAUUUGCAUCAAGCAUGUGGUUUGGAAAAACUGCAUACUUGCACAUUUCUGUUGCCUUCAUUCAGAUGCUCAAGCUCUAAUGCCAGUAGCAACAUUUAUCAUGGCGGUUAUUUGCGGCACUGACAAACCAAGGUGCGACGUGUUCUCCAACAUGUUGCUGGUCAGUGUUGGAGUUGUGAUAUCUUCUUACGGAGAAAUCCAUUUCAAUAUAGCUGGCACGGUCUAUCAGGUCACAGGCAUCUUUGCUGAAGCACUUAGACUUGUGCUAACUCAAGUUCUUCUCCAGAAAAAGGGGUUGACAUUAAACCCUAUUAACAGCUUGUACUACAUACCUCCCUGCAGGUACUCACUCGUGAAUACUCAAACAACUAUAUGUGCACUUAUGUUUUUCUGGCUUUUCCUUGUGAUAGGGAGAACAGGGGCAGUAACUAUCCGGGUAGCUGGUGUUCUCAAAGACUGGUCUGAACAUCAUUGGAUACGCAAUUGCGCUAGGUGGUGUUGUCAUGUACAAUUACAUAAAGGUAAAGGACGUGAAGGCGUCUCAAUUAACUGCCGACCGUCUCCCAGAUCGAAUCAAUAAGGAGUUGAAGAUGGAGAACAAGUCUUCAGAUAAGUUCAAUCCUGAUGUCGGUGGAGAGAUCCCAAGAGUAGAAGCCGAGAUAAACGAGGAAGCCCUUUGGAUGCAGCUCGGAAAUCACGCCGCUUAAGAUGCUAGUAGAAACCGUAUAAUAGAGGUUUUGCUUCCUAGUUCGUUCACAUACUUUUUUUUGUUGCGUAAAAAAAGAAAAAGGUGCAUCAUCAUCAUCCCAGAUUAUUACCGAUGACUAGCUUAAAAACAGUAGUCACAAAUUCGUUGUAGUGAAUUGACGUUAGUGUUAUAUUUGUACAUACAUAUUUGGUCUUUAUCCUUUCAUCAUUACUUGAUUCUGGA